CCUGUUUGUGAGAUCUGAGGUUUGUAGAAUAGUGAAAUUCUUUCCUGUGUUGAAUUGUGGUCUGUUCCUGAUGGUGGGAGUGCUGGGCUGAUGUAUCUCACUGUGAGCUGGUCCUUGGCUAUUUGCAUAACAUGGCAGUUCUGUACAUUCUGGCUAACUGUAAAUAGAAAUGUUUCAUAAUAGCUUAGUUGCAUUUUUGAGGUACAGCCGUUUGUGUGAGAUUAGAAAAAACUUUAUUUCUAAGAACUUGUAAAAAAAAAGUAUUUUCAAUAAAAUUCCCUACCUCACCUCUAUUGUGCAGAAAUGAUCCCAUUUUCCUAUGUUGAAUUUUUACAAAGCAAGUUGGAAACACAAAGUUCCCCUUUGAGUUAUUGGCUAAACAUUGCUGGUUUUGAUCAAAUCAGUCAAAUAACAGACUGCUUGGAAGUCUGAAGUCUGAUUUGUUUCCUGUGCUCCCAUUCCAUGCUGGUGAUCAGGUAUUUGGUGCCCUCUCCAGCUGCUCCCUCCCUGUGCCCUGCAGUUGUGGAGGGGCUGGGUGGCUUCAGGGGAGGGUGGUUAUUUGAGCAGUGAGGGUGGGUGGCAGUUGUACACCAAGCAUCUCUCUGACCUGAAGGGGGAAGGGUUCCCAAUCCUUGUUUUGCAGGGAAGGGAAUUGGACAAACACUUUGCUUUCUUUAGCUGGGAUGUAAAUGCACGUUCCAAUAAUCAGUUCUAAAAGUAAAUGUCUUCAAAGACUUGGAAGUUAUGCCAAACUGAACUAGCUAAUUAAUUCCUCCUUCCUCUGGAAUGCCUAAGUUCUUACACCUUUAAAAAAGUAGUUCACUAGUGCCAGGAGUGUUCUCUCCAGUUGCUGUUGGGAAUUCCUUUGUCUGGCUCCUGACAUGGAUAUAAAAAACCCAAAUCCAAUUUUUAACCUUAGACCUUCAAUAGCUGGGUUUGAUUCCUCUGUGUUCCUGCACCUAUAAUGGCAACAUUUUCCUUGCCUCAGUUGAGAGCUUGUGUUCUUUGACAACACCUGUAAAAUUUCUGAGGCUGUCCCAUGGUGCAGGUCCCUGGGAGAAGGGAAAAGAAGGGGAGAAAAGGCACUGGACUGUGUGUACUGGAGGCCCUUCCUCAGGAGAACUCUUGUUCCCUUCUGCUUAUGUGCAAGAACCAGAGACUUGACAGGAGGGGUGGAGAAAUGGCAUCAGUUCCUGCUUAGCUCUGAAAAAGCCCUGAUUUGGAACCCAAAUAAUCUCAAGAGACUGUAGGUUUUCUGGGCUCAGUGUCUGCUUCCUUGGAAAGAGGUAGAUGUAUUUUUAGAUGCAAAUUUUUACAUCCUAUUGCUGUUGGUAGUUCCAAGACCAGUGUAAAGCAGGUGGGUUGGCAUUCCUAAGGACCCUCCCCGCUCCUGAGAUGGGAGCAGUGGCUCAGAGCUUCAAACAAUACCGUGUGACAGGACUGGCAAGUACCCUGCAAUGACACAAAAGAACUGUGUGUUUUCAGGUUCCCUGAUUUAAAUCUUGAGGAACCCUGGAGUCACAGCAAAACACCCUCCUAGUGCUUGGCAGCCUGGCAUGAAUUGUAAUGGGCUCCUGCCGGUUUCAGAUUGAAACCAGUAAGGCUGGCCCUGCUCAAGUACUGUCAUUAAACAAGUGUCACCCUCCUCCCUGAGUCACUUCUCCUGGAAUAUACAGCUUUCAAGGUUUUGCACCCCUUCUCCUGACUACCUUGGACACCUCAAUUAGGCAUCUGGGUUUGGAUGUGAAAAUCUGUGACCUCCUCAAGUAAGAAACAGCAAAGUUAGACUUGGUUCCUAGAAUGUCCCACUAGAGCAGCUCAGCCCAGUGACCCAAGGCUGCCCCACCCGCUGUCCUGCUUGGUUUAGCUGUGCUGUGCCCCGGGCUGGGCUGCAGGCACAUCCCCCGUGAUCUGCAGCAGAUUAGGCUGAGAUACUUAUUGCAAGUGCUGGCCUUGAACUGCCACCUCAACAUCUGGUUAAUCAAAAGCAAAAAUGUGCUUCCACAUUUUGAUUAAAAGCUCGGGGUCAAGUUUUACAAACCUCUCAGUUCCCAACUAAUGUUAGUGUAAUUAGCUGGAUUAAAUGUGACACUUAAAUUACAAAUAACUAAUAACCUUAAUAUUGGAGAGCUCUAACAAGAGAUGUUAGUUUUGCUUACAAGUCGUGCAUAAGGAAGGGGAUUUAUAAUGCUGAUAUUUUAUUAAUUAACUCUAUAUUCUAGAGCAUUCCCAUUCUUCCCCACUUGUAUCUGUCAUCUCAGCUUCAUUUCACGCUAAAUAAAACCUCAUAUUUACUUUGCAGCUUUGCUGGAGACACUACAUUAAUCUGAGAAGAAUUAAUGCACAUCAUGGAAUUCUGUACAUCCCCCCUGAGUUCCUGUGCCAGGGCUCCCACCUUCACUCUGCAAGGUACUUAAACGUGAAGAUCCCUUAACGUGACGUGUCCAUGGAUUCCUGGCAUGAGCAGCAACCUGUGUUCCUCAAAGUGGGACUGUUAACUGCUUGAAUUUGGAAGAUUACUGUGAUGUUGGCAUUUCUCUUAUACUGGCAUUAUGUUCUGUCAUUAUGUGACAUUAUGCCUACAGAAACUAUCAAUAAAGGAUUUUGCCAGAA